UCCAAAGUCCAGCCAGAAGGUUUGCUAAAAUUAUCAUCAGGACUGCUAUGUGGAGUUCAUGUCGUUUUAACAUCCUGCAUAAGACAUUGGUAGCACGGUUAAACACCUGUUGUAGGUUACAAGCAAUGAAUACUGCUGGGAGAAACUUGCCAAAGGUUUAUAUCACCAGGCGAAUUCCUCCAGAUGGUCUGAAGGCCCUUCAGCAGGCUGGAAGCUGCGAGAUACAGCAAUGGGAUUCAGAUGAUCCAGUUCCACGUUCUGAACUUCUCAAAAAGGUCUCUGGAAUUCAUGCCUUGUAUUGUCUUUUAACAGAGAAGAUAGAUAAAGAAGUGCUGGAUGCUGCAGGUCCUAGCUUGAAAGUUGUUAGCACUAUGUCUGUUGGAUACGACCACUUAUCACUUGAUGAACUAAAAAACAGAGGGAUCCGGGUUGGAUUUACUCCAGAUGUUCUAACAGAAGCUGUUGCCGAACUCACAAUUGCACUACUCCUAGCAACAUCCCGAAGGCUUAUUGAGGCUGUAGAGGAAGCAAAGAAUGGUGGUUGGGGUACAUGGAAACCUCUAUGGAUGUGUGGAAGUGGUCUCACAGAAAGCACUGUUGGAAUCAUAGGCCUAGGAAGAAUUGGUGAAGCUAUUGUCAAUCGCUUGAGACCAUUUGGAGUCAAGAAGUUCCUAUACAAUGAUAUUGCACCUAGAGAAGAAUUAGCUGCCAAGAUCUCUGUUGAUUUUGUUUCCUUGGAAGAGUUGGCAAAGCAGUCUGAUUUUCUCCUUGUGUGCUGUGCUCUAACUCCUGAAACUCAAGGAAUGUGCAACAAAGGACUCUUCUCCAAAAUGAAAAGAAGCUCUGUGUUUAUAAAUACUAGCAGGGGUGCUGUAGUAAAUCAGGAAGAUCUUUAUCAUGCCUUGGCGAAUGGGCAGAUAGCAUCUGCUGGUUUAGAUGUCACAGUCCCAGAGCCUCUUCCUACGAAUCAUCCACUUUUCAAACUAAAAAACUGUGUCAUUCUGCCUCACAUCGCCAGUGCAACUGUGGAAACCCGGAAUGCCAUGGCUGCCCUUGCUGCCCAUAAUUUAUUGGCCGGCCUGAAAGGGGAGGCAAUGCCAAAGGAACUGAAACUUUAAUCAACUAAAGAAGAACGUAGCAAUGAGCAGAAUUGUUCCUAAACACAGUAAACAGAUUAUUUUCUAACAAAACAAUAAAUGAAUUACUGGUCUAUUCUCCUAAUCUAUGAAAUGUCACUGCGUAUUCAAAUGUUUCAUGUGAAGUAAUAAAUGAGGACUUUACAUUUGUUUGUUCUAAGCAUCUUUUGACGUCUGCCUGAAAAUGUUAUUUUCUGUGAAUAGUGUCUAUCAUAGGGGUAACAUCAUAAAUGUGAUGAUGUAUGUACCUAGUAAAAAAAACUCACAGCAACUUGUGACCAGUACUACUUCUGAUAGGUUGAUGUUGGUUCUCAGACUGGUGAAAGCAUUAGAUUCAUAUAAUAAGUUAGUGUGUCAUUUCCAUAGUAGUUGUUUUUCACUUUUAGAAAUGCUAGAUAUGCUUUUAUUUUGUAAUAAAAGCCAAAAACAAAAAUAACCCAAAACGAUCACAGGAAUAGGUUUAGUAGUUGCAUCUGCUCCUGCCCCAAAGGGCCACAUUAAUUCAUAAAAUAUAUAGAUACAAGAGUUGGAAUUAUAUUGGAAUACUGAUGGAAUAUUGAUGCCCAUAUUGGACAAGAAAUUAGGGGUGACAUAUAGGGGAGCCCCAGUCAAACCAUGCAAUGGAACCUCUGAUCAUUUGAGGGUGUCAGCUAUUUCUUUUUUGAUUAGGAUUGUGUUGUUUUCUCUGUGUGUUAUAGUUUCAUGGGCACUCUCUGACUUUUUUUUUUUUCGCUAGAGUUAGAACUGGAACCUGCUCUAUUAGUGUCUUGUUCCUUAGGGAACCUUCACAGAUAUCCUCUGGACCAAUGUCAAAUGACUGGAAAACAAAGAUAUUUCUUUUGAACGAGGCUGAAUUUAGAGAUAAGCAAAUAAAGUGCCAGAAACAAUAAAAAACACAAUCAAAGACUUAUAAUAAAACAUAUUUUCUGUUAUCAACUUUUUCUAAAAAUAAUACUGUGGGGGCAGGGUUGCUAUUUCAGAAAUCUGUAUCUUUAUAUUAGAUAUUAAUAGAUGUUCAUAAGUUCUGCUGUAACACAAAAUUCUACACAUCAGUGUUUUUUAAUCUAAGAAACAUGAUGCUGUUGUAAAGGUUUAAAUGUUUAGUUUAAGUGCAAGACAACUAUGUAAAUAAAAUCUUGGGGUCUACAAAAAUAUAUAGGAACCAUCUUUAAAAUUAACCAAGGCAAGCAUAUGUAGGAGAUAGAGACCUGUGUGAGUCUAAAUAGGUCAUUCAACCCAGACUCACAACCCCCUUUACCUUCCACACAAUUUACUACCUGCCCUGAAACACUGAAUUGACAUCAUCAUGAAACUAGACAUCACAGGUGAAAUGGAGGAAAGUAGAAAAGAGCAAAAAACUCUACCAGACCCAAAACUCAGAUCCACUGUGCAAUAAUGCAUUUUCUUUGAGUAGCCAAAGAUAUGUAACUCACUGCUGGACUCUAUUACUCUAGUAGACUAGAAGUAGUCCAUUACUUUGGUACCAUAUUUUCCUGUGCAUCUUCAUAUCUGAGAAUAGUGUGAGGUUAGCUGUCUGUGUGGGUUAAAUUGUACUUUUGAUUCACACAAAUGCCGUUGCUGCGUUCAUACGUACGUAAACAUCAUUAUCUAGAUUAAAAUUGAGUCCAAUGUAAAUCUGGCCAAUAAAUGUUGUUUUUCAUUUUGGGUGUUUGACUGCACAUUAAUUUUUUGUAAACAGAAUGCCGUUAAUAUGCCAUUGCCAUAAAACUGAUUGGAAUGUAUUUUAAUCCCAAUAAAUAAAUUUCUUCUUUCA